GGUUUGAGUGCCUGGCAGGUCAGACUCAUGUGGCGCAUCAGAAAUCUGUCUUUAACGCGGAUAAACGAAGGAAUAAACUAAAUUAACAGACCGGCUGGAAGAGCCACAUCUCCUGUCUGUUAAAAUGAGUGACGACACGGACUCCCCUCCUGAGAGGGAAAUGAAGGAUUUCCAGUUUCGUCAGAUGAAGAAGGCAAGAGUUUUUAACUCAUCUGAAGAAUUGCCAAAGGACAGAUCCAGUCUGCUCACCAUCUCAAACAAAUUUGGUCUUACAUUUGUUGGGCUGUACAACACGUUCAAAGUUUACCUCACUCGAGACAUUUUGGGAGCUGAUAGAUAUGACGGCAAAGCCAACGAAAUAGUCGAGGGGAUACCAGCGUUGGCAGAGGUGACUGUGGAUCUGUGUCUGCACCAAUUGGCUCUCAGUUGUGAUGAACUAACGUUGUCAGUGUGUGGCUCGUCGGAGAAUCGGGGUUUAUCCCUCACUUUCUAUGAUGUCCGCACCUUCAUGAACAAGGGACGACCACAAAAGUUACCUUUUGCCUCGCUGGCGCCAACAGUUCCCCCUGGCACAUUGGUCCAGGACCUGAAGUGGAAUCCUGCACAGGCAUCCAUGUUGGCUACGUGUCAGUCUGACGGCAGCAUGAUGAUUCUGGAUGUAACUGACAGCGUCGCGGUCACGGCCGAGCUAACUGCCCCGAGUGGCAUCACAUGCCUUUGCUGGAGUCCAAAAGGAAAACAAGUCGUUGCAGGAAAAAUGGACGCCACAGUCUGUCAGUAUACACCAGCACUAGAACUAAAGAAAGUCAUCCCGAGCCCAGACUUCUACACCUCCGAUGAACCCGUCAAAGUUCUGGAUGUGCUCUGGCUGAAAACCUUUGUGUUUGCAGUGGUGUACGCCGCUGCAGACGGCUCUCUUGAGACCCCUCCUGAGCUAGUGUUGAUCUCGCUCCCUAAGAAGGAUGAGAAAGUGGAGACAAAGUACCUGAACUUCAGUGACACAGUGUACGGCAGCUGCACCGAGAGACAGCAUCACUACUUCCUCAGCCACGUAGAGGACUGGGACCUCGUGUUUGCUGCGUCAGCGGCGUCCAUUGAAGUCAGCGUCAUUUCCAGACAAGAUGACAAGAUCUGGGAGCUUUGGAUCCUUGAAGAUGCGAGUCGGGCUGAACUGCCGGUGACCGAGACAAACGAAGACACUCUUCCCCUCGGCUUAGCAAUAGACUUCACCAGCCAGCAGGAGAUCCCCAUCACUGACGAGAAGACCCUGCCUCCAGCGCCCAUUAUGCUGAUGCUCUCCACCGAGGGAUUACUCUGCCCUUUUGCUCUGCUCAAUCUCAACCCUGGGGUUAAGCAGCUGGUAUCAGCACCAGCAGUACUCGCCCCGGAGGGGGAGAGACUCCCCAAGCCAGGAUCUUUGGCAACACAAGCUCCCAGAGUCGCUGCCUCCGUCCCAUCUGCCCCAGCCGCAUUCCCGAACCUCAGCCUUACUCCAGCAGCUGUUUUCACGCCUCCACCCGCCGCCGCCGCCGCCGCUGCCUCCUUCUCCGCUUCCCUGUUCAACAUGGGUCCCACAGCUCCCAUAUCAUCAUCGUCAUCGACUGGCUUUACUUUCUCAGUCCCGACUACGUGCUCCAUCUCUACGCCGUCGCCUUUCACCCUGGGGGGAGCUACUACAGCGUUUGCCUCGAGCUUCUCCUCCUCCAAACCUCCCUCUGACACUCCCUCAGCUUUUGCACCAACCAUCAAACUGCCAGCGGUGGCGGCUCUUGCUCCGGCUCCAGCUCCAGCUCCAGCUCCUGCUCCAACUUUAGCUCCGGCUCCUACUCUUACUCCCGCUCCUGCUCCUGCUCCAGCACCUACACCGCAGAGCCUUGCUGCUCCCUCUCCGCCCCCUGUGAAACUAAAUUUAAGUGGAAGGUUUUCAGCUUUGGAGGCCCCUGCUUCGGCCCCACAGCCCUUCUCCUUCAAUUCCCCACUCCCCAAAACAAUCGUCUCCAGUACUUUGACCGCACCGCCACCCUCGACCACGAAGCCUCCUGCUGUGCUGGCUCCAGUGCGUCCAGUUCAAACCAGCACACCAACCACAGUCGUCCAGAAACCGGCACCUGCCGCCCAGAGCCGUGUGCAAACCCCACAGGCAGCUGUUAGCGUGAAGGCUCUGGAGAAGCAGCUACAGCAAAAGAAAGACGCGGAUCCCAUCAUGGCUGGUAUACUGGACGAGAUUGCACAUUUCCAGAAGGAGUUAGACGACCUCAAGGCACGGAGUGCGAGAGCCGACUUCAAGGUCGGCACCAACGAUGAGAUGAAGGAGCUGAGGAAGGAGUCGGAGGACCUCCAUAUUUUCACCUUGGAGAUAAAGGAAACUACGGAGUCUCUCCAUGGGGACAUUGGUACUCUGAAGACCACCUUACUGGAGGGCUUCGCCGGGGCAGAAGAAGCAAAGGCUCAGAGUGAACUGAGCAGGGACAGAAAUUACCGACAGCUGCUUUACAAAAAGCCUCUGGACCCCCGCAGUGAGGAGCAUCUGAAGGAGAUCCGCAGGUUGUACCAGUAUGUCAUGUUUGCUGUGGAAGACGUCAACGAUGUGUUGGAUGUGGAAUGGGAGAAACACCUGGAGAAGAAGAAAAAGCAGAAACACAUGGUGGUGCCGGGGCGUGAAGGUCUGUUCACCACACUGGCCAACAACCUGUACAUCAUCAACCAGCAAAAGAACAGGCUGGACCAGCUGGUUAAGGAACUCACUUCACUGCGUCUUUACAAAAAGACCACCACUCCAACUAUCGACCACAGGACUGCUACUGCGAACACAGCAGGCAUGGAAAAUGAGCUCGAGAGUUUAAGAGAAGCACUCCUGAAAGCCAAGCUGGACACCACCUCUCCUAAGACCAAACCCAUAUCUCCAGCAGUCAAGAUUUCACCAGUGAAACAGUCUCAGCUGCGUAACUUCCUCUCAAAGGGUCAGAUGCCUCCUGUCCGCUCGACGGCACCAGCCAAUCUGUCUCGCUCGGCCUUCCUGUCUCCUAAAUACUACGAGGACCUGGACGAUGUGAGCUCGACGUCCUCCCUGUCCCAGUCCCUGGAGCCUCACCCGGCUCACCUGGAGCUGGAGGAAGAAGAGGAGCUACAGUCAGAGCCGUUUCCUCUGCCUGUCCUGCCUCCAGCUUUGACCACGCCUCGCCACCCCACAGUCGUCAGGACCCCCUCGAUCCAGCCGGGCUUUGGGGCCAUACAGUCGACCCCUUUGACCAAACUUCACUCAGUGCAGGGUAUGGGCUUCGGACUCAGCCCUAUUGCCAGCCCUAUUCCAUCCAAUAAGAUCAACCUGAGCGGGGCGGAUAGCACUGCUCUCGCCACAAAAACAGUCAAACACGGAGCCCCACCGACUGAGAGGAACAUCCCCGUCACCAUCCCCGCCAAGCAGGCGGCUGCUACUGCCGCUCUACAAAGGCAGCUGGCCAAUCAGAAGCCAGGUGGGAACACAUCCACUGUCAUCAGUGCAACCUUGACAGAGUCCACUUUGAAGACCGUCCCUCAGGUGGUCAACGUCCAGGAGCUCAAGGACAGAGGGCCUCCGCUGGUUUCCAACAUCCUCAGCUCGUCAGUUCCAGAUCCUGCAGCUCAAGCCUUCACUACAGUUUCUUCCAACCAAGCUAAACGAACUCCUGUACAAGGUAUCCCUAAGAUGUCUUCUGUGUUUGGUCAGCCAGCCAAAACAGAUGUUUCUGGAUCUCCUGCUAGCUCAACAGAGCAAAGCACCGUCAAAGGUUUCGCCUUCGCGUCAGGAUCUUCAGGCUUCAGCUUUUCUGCGACAUCACAAGCGAAGGAUACAAAUAAAUUCGCUUUUGGUGGAAAUGGCAAAAUGAUGUUUGGCCAGACUGCAGAGGAGCCGUUCUCACACACCCCGAAGUCCACCUCCCCUGCUCUCGGCACUGCGUCACCCACCCUGCCUGCAAACGCACAAGUAGAAAGACCCUCCUCCGCCCUCAGGGUUGAUCCACAGCCCCCUAAGAUAGCUGGAGGAGAGACUCUGGGCAUUUUUUCCGGGCUACGUGUUGGGCACGGAGAAGAAGCUAAAGAUGCAUCCAUAAAAUCUGCUGCUGCUGCUGCUGCGUCGUUUGCAUUUGAAACUGGACUUAGCGCAAGUAAAGUAGCAGCACCAUUUAGCUUUGGUCAAGUUCUGCAAAAGUCUGCAGAAGAUUCCACAGGGGUGGAUUUGUCCAAAGGGGCGGCGUCAGGCAGUCUGUUCAAACCCCCCGAAUCGACCCCAAAGCCGGCCUUCUCUGUUCCUCCAUCUAGCGCAGCCACCUCGGCUUUACCUACGACCUUCAGCAGUCUUCUUGCUGCUUCCUCAGAGCCCACGGAGCCGCCAAAGGCCACACCACCGCCGUCAGAGCCCACACCUCCACCUGAAAGAGAACCUGAUCCUGAACCAGCUAUGGAGCAUGCAAGUCCGUCAGUAGUACCCGGGCCCGCCGCAGAUUCCACCACCACAGAACCCACUGCAGCUGCAGUUACAGCACCAACACCUGCACCAGCUGCACCCACCACUGAGCCACCCCCCUAUAUCCCCCCUCCAGCUGAAGUAACCCUUCCACCACCACCAUAUACAUCGACGACAGAGGCCACUCCAGACAGCACUACCACUGCUCCUGCACCCCCUUCGACGGCUGCCCCUUCAGCCGUCCCACAGGCAGCUCCAGCAGUGUUUCAGGUACCCAGUUCUGACAAACCAGGCUCCAUUUUUACCCAGCCUGCACCACCAACAACAGACAGCAGUACUGUUGAAGCCACGCCAGUGAUCACUACGGUCGCCACUGCAGCCCCUACUUCCACCGCUACAGUUGUUAGCAGUACAACAACAACUACAGCUAGCACCGGGUUUGGACAACCUGCUGCACCGCCAGCUUCCUCAGCCCCUGCAGCCCCGGCAGCAACAGGGUUUGGUUCAACUGGCUUUGGCGCAGGAACUGGUUUUAACAAAUCCGUAUUCGGCCAAGUGAGCGGCUUUGGCCAGCCUGCCAGCAACACGGGAGCAGCCAGCGGCUUUUCUUUCGGCCAAACGGCAUUUGGAGCAACUUCUAACAGCGCGACUACCGGAGGGGGUCUUUUUGGUGCCGCAACUGCUAGCAACGCAAGUUCCUUCUCUUUUGACACAAGCAGCGCCAACACAGCCAGCAGCACCGGCUCAGGACUGUUUGGACAGAUCACAGCGCCAGCUUUCGGUCAAAGCUCAGGAUUUGGACAGGGGACCGUGUUUGGAAGCAACACGACCACAUCCUCGUCUUCUGGAUUCGGCUUCGGGCAGCCCUCAGCUUUUGGCACUUCUGCCGCACCUGUGUUUGGCUCACAGCAAAGCAGUGGCAGUGUGUUUGGACAGCCGCAGCAGCAGCAGCAGCCAUCAGCUGGUGGAGGUUUGUUUGGUUCAGGUUCAGCCAAUACAGCGGGCUCAGCUGGUGGUGGAGGUUUCUUCGGGGGCUUGGGAGGCAAACCGAGCGAAGAAGCUGCAAACAAGAACCCAUUUGGCACCGCCGCGGCCCCUGGAGGGUUUGGACAGACGACUCAGCCAGGAACCAACAGUCUGUUUGGCAGCAGCGGUGCAAAGACCUUUGGGUUUGGACAGACCGCCUUUGGUGAGCAGAAACCCAGUGGGACCUUCAGCACUGGUACAGCGAGUGUGGCAUCGCAGGGAUUUGGCUCCUUCGCUUCUCCGGCAAAAGCAGGUGGUUUUGGGAGUGCUCCGGUGUUUGGGAGCCCCCCGGCCUUCGGCAGCUCCCCUGCGUUUGGUGGCGGCGCUGCGUUUGGAGCGAGCCCCUCCUUCAGCAACAACAUGGGCUCCUCCGCCGGUAAAGUGUUCGGAGAGGGAACAGCUGCUUCCAGCAUGGGAGGAUUUGGUUUUGCCUCGCCUCCCAGCGCCCCAUCCUUCGGUGCUCUAGCCAAUCAGAACCCGCCGUCGUUCGGGGGCCUGGCACAGCAAGGCUCUGGGUUUGGAACUCAGCCCAGCAGCUUCUCAGGCUUUGGACAACAGCCACAGGCAGGAGGAUUCUCUGGAGGCACAUUUGGGUCUGCAAACCAAUCAGCUCAGCAAACAUUUGCCAGUUGGAGAAGCUAGUUUUAUUAAACCUCCCUGAGCUAGACGUCACUGCUACAGUGCUUUCUGCAAUCAAGCUCUUUGUGUUACAGCUGUUGUAGGGAAGGGGGGGGGGGGGGGGGGGGUUCCAACAGGGGUUAUAAAGUGGUAAAUAAAGUGAAUUAGCGGGAAGAUUAUCAUCUUCCUUGAAGAAAAACUUUUGUAUAUUUUGGUAAAAACAGCAUAUUGUUUGAAGCUGCAUCCUUCUCUACAUUUAUACUUGUUAAUUUGGGAGUUUUAUCCUGUUUUAUUUAGCAUACAGAGAAUCAAGUAUCGACUUCCAUGCAAGCAGUUUGAUGUGAGGUGUUAAAGAAUUCUACAGUGUUUGAAAAACACAAAAACUGAAAAUAUCUUUAUAUCCCGCACAUUGUUAAAAAUUAACCAAGUUACUUCAUUUUCAACAUUCAUUUGGGUUUCUUUUUUUCUCCUGCAUUUUGAAUUAUCUUUUGGUUUUGGACUUUGAAGCACAAGAAUAAACUUCUCAAACUAUACUUUUGAAUAUUCCACUGUUUUCCUACAUUAUAUGAAAUGUUCUCUAAGUCAGUCAUAAUGUUAUCUGUCAGUAAAGUCUUGAACGAAUAAAGAAUAUACCAGAAUUAAGACAAACCAACAAUCAACAUUAAAUCUGUCAGAAAAGUUUUAUUUUCCAUUUCAAAUUAUUUUUGCAAAAAUACUCCAGUCUGACGUGUAUUUUUACAAUAAAAAAUAAUGGAAAUAAAUGAAAAAUGUCAAAGAAA